AUGGAACCACGGGCGGAGACCGGGUCACACCUCCCAGAAAGGACCGAUCCCUUGACUCCCGGUCAAGAAGGAUUUCUGGCCGGGUCUAAUGUCGAUACCGAUAUCAAGAUGGAGGAUGUAAGCGAUGCCGGAGCCAUGCGUCCACCAGGUCCUGAAGCAGAACGUCCACCCGUACCUCCUAGGGGGUACGGGUGCGAAGGGGCUCGACUUGACGGGAACUGCAAACAUCUUGAAGAUCUGAAGAGGCACAUCGAGAACGGACAGGUGCUUCAGCUCCAACUCGAUCGGAUGCGUGAGGAAUGCAACGUACUUAGGAGAGAAAACAAUCGACUCGGAGAGCUGGUGGAGGAUAAGAGGGCGACCAUCAGUUCGAUUUCGUCGAAUGCGAGCCGGGAACGGGUGGCCAAGGAGAGCCUAGCUCGUCAGCUGGAGGUUACAAAGACCAACAUGAGCCGCCAACUGGAAGCGGCGCAAACCUCUUUGGCGACAUCGCGGUCGCAGCUCGAGCACGCCGAAGCCGAGAAAAACGAAUUUCGUCGAAAAUGGAAGCAGUCGGCAAAGGAACUCGGACAGCUCACUAGGACGCCGCAAUCGGCGUCGCAGGUAACCGACAGCGACCUCGACAAAUGGGCCAGUCAACUCCGCACGGCCAUCCGUGAUUUUGCCAUCCGCUACUUCGAGAGCGAUGGCCCCUUUCUAAACUUCCAGGAGAGGUUCGAGAUGGCACAGGGAGCGGCGGGCUUUAAGCUGAUGAGGGAAACCACGGCGGCCGCGAAAGACGUUGAGGGCUACAGGAAAUUCAAGGCAUGGGUCGUUUCAACGACAAAACUCUUCGUCGAGCUCGAUGAAAUCGAGGGUGAAAAAGAGGCAAUGGAGAAGGCAAGCAAAGCGGCCAUGCAACGUCUGGCUAAGGAGAUCCUCGGGAUUAUUGGCCCCUUCGCCAAAGUUGAUUCCGGGGCGGAGAACUAUGGGGAUUUCCUCCGGGAGAUGGAAGGCGUCUUGGAAAGAGCAAUCGCCAUGGACCGCGAUAUUUGCCGUCAGGCCGCUGAUGUUACCUGGAGGUUUGGCCCCGACGUCCCUUGUCAGUUCGAUGCCGCGACCAUGGCGGUGGAGAGAGGCGAGAUGGCGCCUUCGGCGGACUCUGCCGUUAUUAUGGUUAUCGCACCGGCCAUGUACAAGAAAGGAAGAUCGAACGGGGAUGAUUUGGAAAAGCCUCGACAGUUGAUUCUGCCGAUGGAGGUUACCUGCAGACCCGUAGAGAAUGCAUAG